GCUUUUAAAACCUUUUCACAUUUGCACGAAUAUAGAAAAUGAUCACACAAUUUGUCAUCUGAAAUAUAUUUAAGUAAGAUUUAUCAAUACCUUCUUCAAGAGGCUCUAAAGGCGUUCCAUAAGUGACAAAAUCCUCAUCGCUUUCUCCGUCGGACGCCAUGUUUACCUGAAGACGGUGGCCGCUGAGGACCAAAUUCCCAGAUACUGACAAGGAAUCAUGCAAAAAAAAAAAAAUCCUCUCUUAACGCUCACAUCACCGCUUAGCUACUGUAUUCGCUUUUACGUGAACAUUUCAGCACUUUAUGUCUGCUUUUUAAAAAAUUAUACAAUGUUAUAUAGGCUAAAAUAACAUGCAGAACAAUUUUUGCUGGUCGACCAGAAGAGGGCGCAACUUCAACAAACUGAAUACAAAGCGCUUAAGAUUCAAAGAAGAAGAAGAAUUGCAAGGGGUUAGCGGAUGUGGCGUCACUUGGAGGGAGGAAGCGGUGUUUGUUUACGGAAGUAAUACUCGCUCGUUUACAUCAGAGGAACAAGACUGGUGACUUAAGCGAAAAAUAAUUGAAGAAAAAAAAUAUUUUGUUUAAAAUGAUCCGCAGACGGCCAAGAGGAGAUGGGAUAGCGUCACCAUAUUUAAGCAUGAUGGGGAGAGAAAGAGCAGCUCCUCCACCUGCUCGAUCCCACUUCCACCUGGACCUCUGGUUCUCUUUCACAGUACAGAACUGGAUCCUGGACUUCGGGAGGCCGAUAGUGAUGAUUAUAUUACCUCUGGAAUGGUUUCCUCUGAACAAGCCCAGUGCAGGAGAUUACUUCCACAUGGCCUACAAUGUUAUUACACCAUUUCUGCUUCUGAAGCUGAUGGAGAGAAGUCCGACCACGCUGCCACGCACUGCUGUAUACCUCAGCAUCAUCACGUUCGUUAUGGGCGCCAGCAUCCACCUGGUGGGAGACUCCAUCAACCACCGGCUGAUCCACAGCGGCUACCAGCUCCACCUGUCUGUCCGAGACAACCCCAUCAUGAAGGACCUCAACCCUCCCUCUCUGAUCGACUCCUUUGAGCUGCUUUAUUACUACGAUGAACAUUUAGGACAUUCCAUGUGGUACGUCCCGUUCUUCCUCAUCCUCUUCCUCUACUUCACCGGCUGCUUCACCCAGUCCAAAGAGGAGAAGAUGCCGUACUCGGGGUGGCUGCUACUGGGUCCUAGUGCUCUCUAUUACUGGUACCUGGUGACUGAAGGCCAGAUUUUCGUUCUGUACAUCUUCACGUUCUUCGCCAUGGCUGCCACGGUCAUGCGUCAGAAACGGAAAGGCUAUGUGCUGGACAGUAACGGUCGCUUCCUGCUUUACAACUUCAUCAUCACGCUGGGCCUGGUGAUCGUUUGGGUCGUCUAUCUGUGGAAUGACGACGUCCUGCGCAAAAAAUACCCCGGUAUCAUCUACGUCCCAGAACCGUGGUCUUAUUACACGUUACAUAUCAAAGGCAGUUAGUCAGAGGGAACAGGAGCUGGUUAAGAGUCUCGUUAUUGCGCUGAAACGUCGUCUUGCAGGUCCUGAGAGGAGAGGGUUCUGUAACGAAAGCCUUAAUAUAUUACAUGGAAAUGUUCUGUCCUAAUAACUGCCUGGAAUCAUUCAAGGAGCAGUAAGCAAUAUUUUUGAUGCUGAAUAUAUUGAAAAAUGUACAGUAAAAGAGGUGUGUGCUAAGGUUUUAACAUAUUAUAAGAAAUAUUUCUUUACAUCAGACACAAGCAGAAGGUUCCUUAUUGCUGCUUUAAACCCUGGUCAGUAUUCCAGCAAGUGAUUUAUUUGUCGUAAAGAUGAUUUUGAUCAGCUGUUUAAUUUUCUCUCGUGUUUAUUUUGCUGUUGGAAAGAUUGCAGAAAACUGGCAUCCUCCAAUGUUCCUGCGUGAAAAAAACGGACAGUUGAUCAGAACAGAAAAAUACACUGCAACCCUGCUAUAAUGAACUCUUUUACUACGAACUGUUGCAUAUAAUGAACUAAGUUUGUGUCCCCACUUUUAAUGAAAAUGAGUAAGUCUUCAAAAAAAAAAAAUUACUGAGCCAUGCGUUCGUCUUCCCCAGAGACAAACGAUAAGUAAUCGAGUCCACAGUUGAGUUAACAAGGCAUGUUGAUGCCAUAAAACAAAGGCUUAAUGAGCCUCGCUUGAGUGUCCAUCACUAACAAUUAAUGAGAACACUGAUCAAAGGAUCGAUAAAAGGACGAAAUGAUUGCUGAUACCACGAAACUUGACGCCUAGUUAAAGCGUCUUUUAUACCCAACCCCACCCUGCACAGCCCCACAGCAUGACAUAAAUUACAUCAUCAGUGAUUUGCAACACAUGAAUGAACUGAAUGGUGAAGAUUUAGAAAACAUAGCGAGUCAGUGUUUGGAUAUUGAAUAUGAUACACCGGUAACCUCCAUCAUUUCCACAACAGACGAAGAAAUCAAUCCUCACCUCCAUUCGUGAUCCUUUAACUCCGUCAGUAAACUGCAGUUGGGACUCGGAAGGAGAAAUCUACGAUAAGGUGAAUGUGCUGAAAAUUUCACACACAUGAGUGUUUGGGGUGACAAGUGGGUCCAUUUCAGUAUUACCAACUUUUCUGUAUAACGAACUAUUUGGACGUCACCCAAGGAGUUCGUUAUAGUGGAGUUGCAGUGUAUUUUGAAAAGAACUAUAAAAGAAAAAAGGUGAUAUUUACAGUGAUUUGAAAAAGAAAUCUUGAUUUCAGAUAAAUUACAAGAAUAUUCCAGCUGUGAGAAUCCAAACAUCUGUCGGAGAAUAUGAAGGACAUUAGCAGCAGUUACGAGUUAUUAAAUAUUAUUCUAUCCAUGUUUACUGGAUGUGAGCAACCGCAUGCUCUGAUUGGCUACUGUACUACAAGGCUAUCAGCUCAUAUACCGUGAGGAGAGAAAAACAAAAUGGCAGAGCGCAUCAAGUCAGAUAUUACUUUAAGUAUUUAAAAGAAACAGAAAUAGCCAAAAGAAUAUAGUCCCCCCCCCAAAAAAAAAAAAAUCCUGUUCCACACUCCAGUCCAGUCGUUGGCAGUAUUGCACCUUUAAUGAACUGGCAAAAACCCUAAAGAAGAACAAAAUGGUAGCGCGUGUUACUGAACCAACCAAGGACGAAAUAAAAACUCUACUUGAAAACAAAACCCAGAAUUAUUGCAUUUUUCACAAAUUGAUCCUGUCAUUUCGUCGGGUUUGUUUACAUUCUAAGCAGAAAACCUUAAAGGUUUUAGAUUUAAUAGAUUUCUUCUAAAGUUGUGGAUCUUAUUGCUGAUUUACUGAGAAGGAAUGAUAGAACAAAUAUUAAAAUGUAAAACCCAGUGAGUUUGUUUAAAAUAAACAGCGAUGACUCCAACUCCAAAAAUAAAGACUUUUAUUCUAUCCAUAUUCACUAAAUAUGAGCAAGCCCACGCUUUGAUUGGCUACUGUACUACAAGGCUAUCAGCUCAUAUACCGUGAGGAGAGAAAAACAAAAUGGCAGAGCGCAUCAAGUCAGAUAUUACUUUAAGUAUUUAAAAGAAACAGAAAUAGCCAAAUGAAUAUAGGUCCCCCCCCCCCCAAAAAAAAAAUCCUGUUCCACACUCCAGUCCAGUUGGUGGCAGUAUUGCACCUUUAAUGAACUUGGAAAAAACCCUAAAGAAGAACAAAAUGGUAGCGCGUUACUGAACCAACCAAGGACGAAAUAAAAACUCUACUUGAAAACAAAACCCAGAAUUAUUGCAUUUUUCACAAAUUGCUCCUGUCAUUUCGCCAGGUUUGUUUACAUUCUAAGCAGAAAACCUUAAAGGUUUUAGAUUUAAUAGAUUUCUUCUAAAGUUGUGGAUCUUAUUGCUGAUUUACUGAGAAGGAAUGAUAGAACAAAUAUUAAAUGUAAAACCCAAUGAGUUUGUUUAAAAUAAACAGCGAUGACUCCAACUCCAAAAAUAAAGACUUAUAUUCUAUCCAUAUUCACUAAAUAUGAGCAAGCGCAUGCUCUGAUUAGCUACUGUACUACUAGGAUAUCAGCUCAUAUACCGUGAGUAGAGAAAAACAAAAUGGCGGAGCAUGUUGCUGAACCAACCGAGGACAAAAUAAAAACUAAAACAAAACCCCAAAAAAUAGGAAAAAAAGCAACAAAAUAUGGAAUGAAAGUAUUUGAUGGUAAGAAUGUGUGUGAUAUAAUCUCAUUUUUCAUAAAUUGCUCCUGUCAUGUCGUCGGUUUGUUCACAUUCUAAGCGGAAAUUAUUUUGUCAGACGUUUUAUAUAAAGUUUUUAUUUAUCGAAUUUGCAAAAAAUAAAAAAGUGCUCCGUUUCUCAAAAUCCAGUGAAUGUGGAUAGAAUAAAACGGUUAUUCCACUCAAUCUCGUCGUACAUGGAUUAUAGGCAACUCGGUGCUACGCGCCUCGUCAACCAUCAGCUCAUGUACGACUCGAUUUCGUGGAAUAACUGUUAAAUAUUUAUAUCAGGUUCAGAAAGAAAGAUUCAAACGCUUGAACUGAUUGCACUGGAAUAUUUGUGUAAUAAAUAAAAAGGCUAAAAAAAUUUAUUAGGGAUAAAAUUAGCCCAUGUUAAAAGUCUUUAUUGUUCUGUAAAGCUGCUUUGCGACAGUCUGUUGUUAAAUGUGCGGUACAAAUAAACUAAAAUUUAAAGGAACAGCUGUGAAAAUGUCCAAGUAUAAAUUUCAUUGUCAGUUAAGGGUGUGCAAACUUUCGCAUUCCACCGUAGCUCAGGAUCAGUGAGGUUUGAUGUUUGUGUGUUCUGUGUUCGAUGAGUCGUUUACUGGAGUUUACAGAUGAUCGUUCAGAGAAGUGGAUUCUUCUCAUGUUGUGAUUUUAUUUUAUAGAAUCUGAAUCUGCCUUUUACACUCGCUCAUUCUUUAAUAAAAAAUAUAUAUAUAUAUAUAAUUUAUUUUUUCCACUGUCAUUGUGCAUUUCACGGUUUUGUCCACAGAUGUGUUCUAUUUUAUUGGAACAUGAACAAAUAUUGUUCAUUACAGUCCACCUGUUCCAACAGAAUAUAAAAUUUAGCAGAAAAAGUAUAAUAAAUUAAUUAAAAAUAAAUAGAAAAGUGUUGAGGGGGGGUGUUUUUUUUUUUUUUAAUUACAGGUUAUACUUCCCAGAAAUUCUCAUUAUUCUGUACAAAAUUAUGUUCAUUUACUGUUCUGUAAAAAAAAAAUACAUAUUUUAUUGAAAGAAGCGUCCUGUCCUGCUGUACUGUAAUGAACUGUGUUAUGACUUUUUAUUGAGAAUCGUUCUGAAGUGUACUCAUCCAUAGCCUGUUCAUGUGCGGUGGAUAUAAAAGUCGACCCCGCCCGGAUAAAACUGCAGGAUGAACGUGAUGUAAAAACAGAAACGGAGAUAAACGAUGCCAGAUCUUUUUCCACCUUCACUGUGAUACAGGAACCGAAAUAUUCCAGUGGGAAAAAAACCCUUAAAAAUAGAAAAUGUGCAAUAACCUGGUUGUGUAAGUG